AUGAAUCCACCCGACAUUCGCGACGACCCGGCUCUGCCUCAGCCGACGGCUGAGGUGGCUCCGGUGCUUGAGGUGGACGCUGACGGCGUUCGUGUUCGAGAAGCAGUGCACCUUUUUCUUAGCCGCCUCAUCGACCCCCUCCUCCGUGCAAAUCCCAGCCUCGGUGCCGCAGGUACCUCUGGUGGCGAUGACAUCUCUGGUGCGCACACAUUCCUCGAGUACGUAGUCGCGCAGAUGGAGCGCAUCAGCACGUCGACUAGCUGGUCGACGUGCGUGGUUCGAUGGGCGGAUUUCCUCCGCUUCGACGAGGACGCCGCGGCGGUGCUGGAGUCGGAUUUCCAGCGCUUCUCUCCGUUCAUCAACGAGGCCCUUCAUCAGGUCCUCCUGCAGUACUACGGCGAGGAGUACGCGAAUCGCGGUAAGUGCUACCCCAGUCUCGUUUUUUCCAACGUGCCGCGGUGUCUGACGAUUCGCUCGCUGCGGGCGUCGUUGGUGGGACAGCUGUGCGCUAUCAAGGGCGUCGUGACGCGUACGUCGCAGGUGCGGCCGGAGCUGCUUGUUGGUGUGUUCCGCUGCAGCGACUGCGGCACGGAAAGCUUGCCCAUUGAGCAGCAGUUCCAUUACACCGAGCCGCCCACCUGCCGAAACACCCAGUGCGAGAACAAGAACAAGUUCCAACUGAUUCCGAAUCACCCACAAACGCGCUUCGGCGAUUGGCAGAAGCUGCGCAUGCAGGAGGACGCGAACAACAUCCCUGCUGGGUGCAUGCCGCGCACGAUGGAGGUGAUCGUCCGCGCCGACGCCGUGGAGGUGGCGAAGCCCGGCGACCGAAUUCUCGCCAUUGGGUGCGCCAUUGUCGUGCCGGAGGUGGCGAAGCUGUUCAACCUGGCGAACCGGCGUGAGGUGCAGCGGCAGCUGACGGGUGGCCAACGGGCCCAGCAGGACGCGCAGGCGGAUAUGGAGGGUACCACCGGGUUGCGCGCGCUCGGCGUGCGAGACCUUAACUACCGCAUGUGCUUUCUUGCCACUACCAUCACGGACGCCACGGGCGACGACCGCAAGAUGACGCAAGCGGUGAAGGAGGCGACGGAUGGGGCGGCAGAGCGGGAGGAGGUGGUGCUCACGCCCGCAGAGCGUCAGCGGGUGCAGCAGAUGCGUCGGCACGACAGCUUGCUGAAAGCGCUCACGUCCUGUGUCGCGCCGAACGUGUUCAAGCACGACGUUGUGAAGCUGGGACUGCUUCUUCAGAUGGUCGGCGGGGUCUCGAAGACGACUAUCGAGCGCAUUACACUGCGGGGCGACAUCAACGUCUGCAUCGUCGGCGACCCGUCCACGGCCAAGUCGCAGUUUCUCAAGUGGGUCUCAGCGAACAUGCCACGCGGUGUCUACACAAGCGGCAAGGCGUCCACAGCCAGCGGUCUGACCGCGACGGUGACGCGGGACGCCGACACGGGCGAGCGCACAAUCGAGGCCGGCGCCCUCAUGCUCAGUGACCGCGGCAUCUGCUGCAUCGACGAGUUUGACAAGAUGGAGAUGAAGGACCAGGUUGCGAUUCACGAAGCUAUGGAGCAGCAGACCAUCUCCAUCGCCAAGGCCGGCAUCAAGGCGACGCUGAACGCCAAAACGUCGCUGCUAGCAGCGCUGAACCCGAUCGGCGGCAAGUACGACCGUCGCCGCCCUCUGCAGAAGAACAUCGCCAUGACGGCGCCCAUAAUGUCGCGCUUCGACCUCAUGUUCGUCAUCGUUGACGACUCCGGCGACGACGCGGACUUUGCCAUUGCGAAUCAACUGCUGCGGCUACACCGCUUUGGUGGUGCGGCUGUGCGGCCGCCCUUCACUACGGAGGACUUCCAGCUGUACCUUCGCUACGCACGCUCGCUGACGCCGCGCCUCACGCGUGAGGCUUCGCAGCUCAUUGUGGCCGCCUAUCGCGACAUGCGGCUACAAGACUCGCUUUCCAACCGCAGCAAGGUGUACCGCGUGACGACGCGUCUGCUGGAGAGCAUGAUCCGGCUGUCCGAGGCAACGGCAAAGAUUUACAUGAGCGACGAGGUGCGGCCUACCCACGUGGAGGUGGCGCUGGAGCUGAUGCGGCAGUCCCUGUCCACACUAGACAUGACGGAGGUGGAGCUGGUCGGCGGCGCCGCCGACGACACUCUUCAUGAGGAGCCGGACAGCGUCGUCAAGCAAGAGCCAGAGGCGGCGCGCGGCAGCGCGUCCGUCUCGUCAGGGGUGGCAGGACAUGGGACCGACAAGGGCCGUGCCGCCGAUGAUAGCGCUGGUGGAGACGGACAGGCAAGCUUUGCGGACGAACCGGCCUCAGCGUCUUCGGCGGCGGCGGCCGCUCCCCGGCGAAAGGUAAGCAUCAAGGCAGAUCACUACUUUGCCAUUGUGAAUCGGCUUGUCGCGCACCUGAAGUCCCUCGGGGACGACGCCGCCCCGACGCGACAGGAGUUGGUGACGUGGUACCUUGAGCAGGUCAAGACCCUGAAUAGGCCGUUGCUGGAGGCGGAGCUGCGGUACGUCAACCUAGUCCUCUCGAAACUGGUCCGGGAGGGAAAGCUGCUGGAGGUGGACGUGCGUGAGGGUGAUCCGUCGCGCUUGUAUUUGGACCCCAACUUCAACCCCGACGUGACACAGUGA